GGCGACGAAGCUGACGGAUGCAGCGCCGCUACAGCGGAGCAAACGCCGCCGAGCUCCACGCCUCGGAGCCGGCCUCGGGCCGUAGCCGACGGAACUCUGCGUCUGUGGCACCGCCAGCUUCCAAGGCGCGGGCGUCCUGGACGUCGCGUGCGAUCCGCGCGGCCAUCUCGAUGCUCUUGACCUUCUUCUUGCUCAUGGAGGUGAGCUACCACCGCGGCUGCGCUGUGAGCGACGCGUACUCGAGAGCGACGUCGCAGAUCGGCGAAGUCACGCUAUCGGUGCUUGCCGAUUCGGGCACGACGCAUUGGCUAGCGUUCGGCUCGCUCGCCGAAGCGCUCUUGGCGGCGAAAGCGCCCGCCGUGUCGUUGGAGCCGAGUGUGCUCGCCGCCGCCGAAGCCGCCAAAGAGAUGGGCCGCCCCAGUGGCAUUGAUUACCACGUCUCGUCGAUCGAAGUCGCCAUCGACAUGGUCCAGCUCGAGUCGACCGAUUUUUGGAACAUCGUGCAAGGCCUCGAGGCCAAGGGCAUGCACGUCAUGUACGACCCGCACCGGCGGCUUAUGGAGAUCUAUGCGCGCAUCGACAACCCCGCGCAGUCGUGGUCUGAGAAGGCGUUUCCUGGAUCCGAGCCCAACACGUAUGGCCCGGGUCUGCCCCACGCCAACCUCUGGUUUCUCGAGCUCGAGAACGACGAGUACUCGACGCCCGAGCACUUGCCAGAGCGCACGUUUGCGGCGUCGGACAUCAUGCCGCUGCGGGAAGCGACCUUCCUCGGGCGACCGGUCGCCGUGCCGCACCGCAGCCAGCGCGUUGCCAUGCAAGAGCACGCUGUGACCCUCGCCGAGGGCACCACGACCAAGACGCGGGCGCAGUGCCUCGACGAGUGGAUGGUGGGCAUCACGUUCUACGAAGCGUCGCUCGACCGCAUCACGUGGUGGGUCGUCAGCGUCAUCGUCUUUGUACCCGUCUAUAUCGGCGUCAAGGCGGGGGUGAGCUGGGUCCACGCCUCCAAGAUGUAUCUGGAACAGGAGCACAAAGUGUAGCAUCUUUCUCGUCAUCUCCUGCCUCCGCCGACCAAAUAAAUACGAGGCGGGCAUCCUUCUAUACAUACGCCUUUCGUA